ACUCGUGUACGGUUGAGCAAGAGACGCAAGUUAAACCCAUCCGGUUCAUUUGCCACCGGCGGUGGCACCGGUGGUCUUCCUGCACCAAAAACUCGUUUGAUUGUGCAUCACCGCGACUUCACAGAUGAUGAAUUAAAAGCACAAACAGACCGGCUCUAUAUGCUUGAGCAUGAUGUUGAAGGUGACGAAGAUGAGGACGAGGAAGAAGGGGAAGACGGUACCGAGGCUGGUGGUGCAGAAGGAGAAGCAGAUGCUGAACACGAAGGUGACGCAGAAGAACAAGCAGAAGAAGUAGAAGAAGCCGAAAGUCCACCACCCAAAGGCACCAAACCCAGUCGCACGCAGACGACUGAAAGCGAAGACGAUCUGUCUGACGAUGAUGAUGAAGAAGAGGUCGCUGAAGACGAUUCAGAUGGCUCAGAGCAGGCGCGUAAUCGAAAACAUACUACACGUCGUAGCCAACCAGCUCCACGGGCAUCCACCUCUCAGAUAUACCAAUCAGACGAUGGGGACGAUUUGAGCGAUCUUAGCGAUUGA